AAGAUGCUGGUGUGGUGAGGUGCUAGUUUGUUAGUAAGUUUUGUAUUAACUGACCUUUAUUGUGACCUCCUCUAUUUAGUAAACACUACACGGUGAGGAUUUGUUUAUCUAGUGAAAGUGGACUUUUUCGUUUUAUUUUGUCCUGUGCUUUUACUGAAAAGGUUAGUGGAUUAAAUCAAUUUUUAAUCAAAUCUGGAUUACCAGCUGAUUGAUGGAGAAGGUUCAGUUGCACCUUCAUCUUUGCUAAGAACGUAAAAAUGCGCCUACACAGCCUUUCGACUUCGUAACGCUUUCGAUGCCUAAACGAACGUCAAGGAACACCAAAACCAAGAUGUAACUUAAGACUGCCAACACAAACCGUUAAUCAUCCAUCAAUGGGUGCCAACAUGGGCAAGAACGCGUCCUUGCUUGAUGCCUUGCCAUCAGGCCAGGGCACCCUCCACGUAGUGAUGCUCGGAUUAGAUUCAGCGGGGAAGACGACGGCACUCUACAGACUGAAGUUCGACCAGUACUUGAAUACGGUCCCCACCAUCGGGUUCAACUGUGAGAAGGUCAAGGGCAUGAUAGGAAAAGCCAAAGGUAUCAACUUCCUGGUCUGGGACGUAGGUGGCCAAGAGAAGCUCCGCCCGCUGUGGAAGUCCUACACCAGGUGCACCGACGGUAUAGUGUUCGUGCUGGACAGUGUGGACGUGGAACGCAUGGAGGAGGCCAAGAUGGAGCUCAUACGGACAGUAAAAUCGCCGGAAAAUUCGGGGGUGCCCAUACUAGUGCUCGCCAACAAGCAGGACUUGCCGGGAGCUCGCGAACCGCGCGAACUCGAGAAACUCCUUGGUCUGAUCGAGUUGGGCCACGGCGGGGCCCCUGGGGGACACCUGUGGCACGUGCAGCCAGCGUGCGCCAUCACUGGGGACGGCCUCCACGAGGGCCUGGAGGUGCUCUACGAGAUGAUACUCAAGAGGCGGAAGCUGGCGAAAGAAAGGAAGAAGAAGGGGAGAUAAGACCGUGGUGCCGUGGGACUGUGCCCAGUGUAGUCAAUAAUUUAAGGUGUUUUAUAGUGUUUUUAAUAAUUUUGCUGAAAAGGAAACGAAUUCCACAUGGUACAAAACAAAAGUAAGUCAAUUUGUGACGUUAGUAAAUAAGGCAGAACUUGAUUAACGAAAAUUUUAAAUAGAAUAUACAAAUUUUGAUGCAUGUGGGAAUAUAAAGUAUUUACUGGAGGUUCCCUUAAAUGUAUGUGCAGGCUUUUUGAUACAUACAUACAAAUAUUACAACAAAACAAAGUAUCGUUAUUCGUAACAGCGUAUAUGAGAAUUUGGCCUAAAUAAGCAUUAGCAAGUUUUUUCUUGUUCGUGUUAGUUCUUACAUCUUAUUUAUCUUAACUUAGACAAGUGGGAUAAAAGCAACGAAAUGUUAUUUGUCUACUGGUAGAUCAGCUUUAACCCUUCUCUUAAAAAUGCUGUGUCCUUUUACACUCUUUGGUUUCAAUGACGAAGAUAUAUAUAUAUUGUGUCCAAGCAGUCUACAAAUAAUUGCUUUGUGGAAUAUAGUUUUUCACAGUCACCUUGAUAAAGCAAUCGCUUUUUUUUGUCUCUUGGAAAGUGUAAGACCCUGUAGAAGUUUGACACCCAAAUUAACACCUUAUGACAAAAGAUGUUAAAGUUUAAUUAUUGAAUUAAACAAUGAUUGUACAAUCUUCCCACAUUGUACAAUGCACCAGCGAAUAAGGUUUGACGAAGUAUGCCUAUUUAACUUGAAUAUCCAAUUGAGCAACAAAAUUUUAAGGUAUUUUGUAUGUACAAACAACCUGUUCAAGCUUAACCUUACGUUUAGGAGAACCUUAACAUUUUAACACGAACAAGAUGCACAAGACAGAAAAAUGGUUGUAAUUAAUAUUAUCGCCCUUACAUGUUUCUGCUGUGAGUUUAUAUGAUGAAAGAUACAUAUCCCAUAAAAACAAAUAGAAAAACUUUUAAGACAGUAGAAAUUUCCUUGAAAUAUUCAAACUUUCCUUACUACGUGAUCUCUUCGUUAAGGCCAGGCAACAGAAAUAUUUUCUUUUCCAGCAAUGGCUUCUGAUCUCUAGAACUCAUUUUUUUACUCAAGAGUGAUACCAAAGAAUAAUAAAUGCAUACUUUUAGUAUUGUACGACUGAAUAAACCUCGAUAUUUGUACAUAUCAAAAACCUGUCAAGUUUCUUUUAAAGCAUUUUCUACUAGUCAAAGUCAUGGAAACUCAUCUGCAGACAUUACUUUUAUACCAACUGAUUCGUAUAUUUUCUUUUACGAGUUGUUGAGGAUUUUGUCUUUCCGUAAAAAAAUCAGUUUUAAAUUUAAUUCAGCUCUUUAAUUUUUGAUGCAGUGUUAGUGUUAAAAUCUCCACAAAUUUUCCUCCAUUACCUUAGACACGAGAGGAACAAUACCCUCUGGACCUACCAGUGGAAAUAAAUUUAGAUUCUGUCGUCAUAAAUCACGUGUAAAAUGUACAUAAUUUAUAUUCCUCACAGUAAUUUAUCAACCGUAGGUAUUCUCGGCAGUAAGGAUACUUUUUGGAGUAAUUUAAGACAUGAUUUUAUUAAAAACACUAUAUAUUUUUGUAAUGCCCGUCACUUGCCUAAUAGAGUGAAUGUUUUUUAAAGAAAAGCGUUGUCGGUGUCGCUUCAAAUUGUGACCUACUUUUUUAUCCACGUGUUACGUCUAGAAAACAAAUUUUAGAAACUUAUACAUACUUUAAGAAACUAAGGCACAAAGCAGAUACACUAGUGUACUUUUUGUUGAUUAUAAAAUAAGUUUCAUAAAAUGUGAUAUUUUGCGAUAAGCGAAAAGUACAAUUUUGUAUGUAUGAUAAGGGUUGUUAAUAAUGUACCUUUUUAAUUGAAAAAAAAUGACUUUGAUAAUCGUUCUUUUCCUGAGGGUUGAUUAAGUAGCCAAGCUUCGUGGCCUCGGGAUAGCUUUUUACUUACUUGUGAUAGCCGAAAAAUAGGUUUACUCUUAUUUUUAUUUUCACAUAAUAGUGAAAACUUAGUGAAGUAAGCUAUGAAUAGAUUUCUCUUACAGCAAAAUCAAGUAUCAAGUGAAGGUCGACAAUAUUGGAUAGAAUAUCUAAACUUGCAUCAAAUAACCAAAAAUAGAUUUCAGAUAAGCAGAGACACAAUGGCUAAUAAUAAUAUGCUGCACCCUGUUCCGCACAAGUCUUAGUCAGACAUCCUACUCCUCACGUGAUAUUUGAUGAUGCUCUACGAAUGGGAUAGGGCAAAGGAAGAGAACAGUAGACUGUUGUCUCUUUUAUAUUUCUCCAAUAAUUUGAGUCAAUGCUGAAUACAUUACUUAACAGCUUAAGAACGGUCUAUUUUAUUAAGCCCUAUUUAAGCCUUUUGUAAUUGAAAAUUUUGAAUAUGACUUUUAAUAUGUGCGUUGUAAAUUUGUAAUCGCCAGGAGAGCCUAAUAAAAAGCUGUAGAUUGCACACACCAGGUCUUUGAAAGAGAAACGACGGUUAUAUCAUUGUGUAUUAAGAAAAAAUGAAAGCGGUGUGAACCCAUACCCUUAUUAUUCCCAUUGUACGCUUUACAUUACAUCAAAAUGUGCAAUUUAGAUAAUAAUUAACUGUGUUCUUGAAUGGGUCAUCGGCCAUGUUUUGCAUUAUAUCCAACACAAUUAAUAUUAUUAAUUAAAUCUCAACUUGCUGUGAGUGUCAGUGGAGGAUGCGUUAUUACUGGUUUUAAAGAAAAACUUUCCUCUGCAGAAAGCGAAUAUCAUAGUAAUGAUGAUGUUUCUUCAUCGCUGAUGGGAAAAGUGCAACAAUAUUGUAUUGUGCAUUGUACUGAUACUGUCCAUAUCUGAUUUCCAAAUAGUAAAUUAAAUUAGCAUAACGAUUACAGUCAGUAUGCCAUUGAAUAGACAAUGUAUAUCUUCCAACCACAGACGAAAAUAAAUAUAAUGCGCACUCUGCAGUGGUCUGUGCUAUGGGAAUCUUGGAUAUAUUAGUCCAGUUGUGUAUUUUGUGAUUAAUCCGGUCUAAUCAUAGAUUACACGAAUAAACUAAUAAAUGCUAGAUCAUUGCGCAAACUUAAGCUUGAAACUGCUCGAGCUAACAAUUGUACAAUUUUCGUCAUCAUAACAUAUAGACUACAAGCCCAUCGGAAAUUUUCAAGGGGUUAUUUGACCCAGCAUGAAUUAUUUAUAAAUCAAUACUGACACAUAUA